GUGUGCACGAGGGGUGGGUCCGUGGUGACUGCGGGGGCGGACGGCCGCCUGCGCAUGUCCAGGUUGACUGCACACGCGGUCGGGGGGCCUGAAGAAGGAGAGCUGGUCACCCGCCACCCAGAGUCAGGCCUUGGCGCGAUCUGGGGUCGAGCUCCGGGGAAGGGGCCCACCCUUCCCACACUCACCCCGCCCCCCACCUCUGAGCUUGCCGGCCGAACCGGAGCCUCUUCCUCCUUCCAGGCCCCCCCGGACCUCCCCGGGAAGCCGAGGGCGGGUGUGGACAGGACGAGGUUGAGCAAAUUUUGUAGCUCAGACGGCGGCCCCGGUGGCUUCGGGAGUCGGGGCACGCCCAGCUAGCGAAGCCGGGCGGGGCGGAUGCAGCCCGAGCUCCAUCUCGGAAGGAUCCCGUGUCUUGGUGGCUGCUAAUUGGAGCGUAGCAGCUCCUUGGGAGCCCCUUCUGAAACCACCCACCGAAAAAGAUGCCUGCCUGCAACAGAUUGUUUUCCCUCUUUUCUCUCGUGCUCAUCUUCUGGGUCAAUGUCUGCUUCCCCGUGUGUGUGGAAGUGCCGUCGGAGACGGAGGCUGUUCAGGGCAACCCCAUGAAGCUGCGCUGCAUCUCCUGCAUGAAGAGGGAGGAAGUGGAGGCCACCACGGUGGUGGAGUGGUUCUACAGGCCCGAGGGCGGUAAAGAUUUCCUUAUCUACGAGUAUCGCAAUGGCCACCAGGAGGUGGAGAGCCCCUUCCAGGGACGCCUACAGUGGAACGGAAGCAAAGACUUGCAAGAUGUGUCCAUCACUGUACUCAACGUCACCUUGAAUGACUCUGGCCUCUACACUUGCAACGUGUCCCGGGAAUUUGAGUUUGAGGCGCAUCGCCCCUUUGUGAAGACUACACGGCUGAUCCCUCUCCGAGUCACCGAGGAGGCCGGAGAAGACUUCACCUCUGUGGUCUCAGAAAUCAUGAUGUACAUCCUCCUAGUCUUCCUCACCUUGUGGCUGCUCAUCGAGAUGAUAUAUUGCUACAGGAAGGUCUCAAAGGCCGAAGAGGCAGCCCAAGAAAACGCGUCGGACUACCUUGCCAUCCCAUCAGAGAACAAAGAAAACCCUGCGGUACCAGUGGAGGAAUAGAGGAGAAGGGAUGUGACUUGAGGUGGCCUGAACCCUGAGGGACUGGAAAGCCCAGGUUCAGUGAUGUCAACAGCAUCAGGCGGGUGCCUCAGGGGCCACCUUGCUUCCCUUCACACAUCCAUCCUUCUAUUCAUUCAUCACACAUCCACUCACCUCUGAACAUCCACCUCCUGACUUCCCAACUCCAUCAGACCUCUGCACACCAUAAGACUUGGCCAGAACCGAGGAGCCAGCAUUUCUACAUGGACUCAAGCUCCCCCUGUCCUAGCUUUCAAGGAAGCAGCACCCACACCAACUGGACUUCUCCCCUGUGCUCCACAUGACUUUGCACAAGUGCUGGGGGUGGCACAUCCCUCCGUGGCCCCCGGCUGGCGGAAACUGGCUCAUUCUCCAUGGCUGGAAGUGAAUGGAUGUCUUAAUGGAAAAAGCAGGAUGAUUAAUUUGGGUUAAAGCAAAAGUGUCAUGAAGUGAGGAUUCCUGCAAGUCAGUUGUUUUAUAUUCCUGGCCCACUCGGCUAAACAUCAGAGCAAAGCAUGCCUUCCUAGGUUCUCCAAUGAUAGGAAGUCCACUGAGCAGUGACUGAAUAGCUCUCUGAAGUGUGGUACUCAAGGGCCGUAUCCCGGUAGGUCUGUAAGGCCUAGGUUGGUCUCAGUUCUUCAAGCCAAGGCCAGGAGAGUUGAGAAGAACUGAUAGCAACUUAAGUAGCUCCUUAAAGUCAACCAACAUGUUGGUGAUCUUAGGGUAACAUCUACGUGCCCUUCCCAGGGAACAUACCAUGAGAGCUAGGAGGCAUUAUUUUCCCGUGGGUGUUGGAACUGAAAUUCUGAAGUUCUUCCUCUCCAAAUUUCUGUGGAUCAGUAUUAUUCCUCAUUUUACAGGAGGCAACUGAGACUCAGACAGGGCUCACUGAGCAAAAGACUUCAGAGGAUAAACUGAGGCAGAGACAAGCCUUAGGUGCUGCCCAGCGGACACUUUGGAGAUGGGAUGAUUGUUCUUUAGAAAGGCUUUGAAAUUGAGUGUGGAUAUAGCCAUGCCUCUUCCAAGCACAGAUUGAGGUGGAUUACCUGGCUGAGGUUGACUCUGAUAGGUUUGGGUAACUAGAAACUGACUAGGAAAGGCAGAGAGAAGGAUGAGGUGGACUUGAGGAAUUUCGUUAGUGAAAAGAUUUAUGAAUCUGAAACACCCUCCAGAAGGCGACUGCCUCUAGGAAUGACAUUUAAACUAGGAAACAUGCUUCUUAGUCUGACAUGGAUAAGUGACUGAGUGAAAUGACAAGGGAGGGAUGGGCUAGUGGCUUCCAAAUAUUUCACCUGUGAAUCAUAAUGCCUAAGUUAUUUUUUUCUUCUUCUAGAUUUUGGGAGAGCAGAGGUACACUGGAAACAUUUCAGUGUCUUGUGUUGCAUUUUAAUUGAGUGACUGGUCCCAGUGAUAAGGGAGGGGGGGUGCUCUAUGAGAUAUGACGACAGUUAAGGGGAGUCGAUGAGCUAGUUACCCUCAGAUCUGGGGGAACUAGUAGCGAAAAGAUCAUACCUCACUGGCCUUGGGCCUCACUUAACAAGCUCAAUUUCUUUUUUCUUCAUCUCUUCCAUCCCUGGGGAAGUACUUGAGAUAAGUCCUUGUUCAUAUAUUCAAAAGUCUAAUUUUAUUGAAGAAAAAACUUUGUCAAGAAAUUCAAGACAUUUCUCAUUGGUAAUUUCCCACACAAUCCCUCUGAAAUAAGGGACAGAACAUAGAUCAUUUUUCUUACUUGAUAGUUAGGAGAACAGGCCUGGGUUACUGUGAGGUUUUCCCAGCCACAUGGCUGGUUGAUGGCAGAGCUUAAAGUAGAAGCAACCUACUUCCUACCACGCCACCUUCCUCUUGCUUCCAGUAGACAAUGCAUCUAAGUUAUAAUGUAGUAAUAUGCACGAUCGCCUUUUUUUUAAAAAAAAAAGUCCAACUCAGAUGUUUCCUAAUUUCUAAUGAGCUUUAAUUUCUUCUUACCUUUUACAAGCAAUCUUUUCCUUUUUCUAACUUCUCAACUCUUCUCAUCCUUAAUACUGUCAUCUGAGCCAUACAAUUUACAAAGCAUUUUAAUUUCACCUAUUUCUUCUUCACAACUGGCCCCAUGAGGCAGAUACUGCUGAUAUGUAGGCUAGGUAGCUUUACCAAAUCCUGUGUUCAUAGUUGGCAAAUGGAGAGCUGGAAUCCAGGUCUACUGACUGCCUGCCCAUCUCUCUCUCCACUUAGACCAUAGCUACUCUUUCAUUUUUUAAUUUCUGCCUAGUCGCUGCCUCUCAUCUGUCCUGAGAUGUUCAGCAUCUCCCACCCCCUGUUCCUGCUCCAUGGUCCCUUGUCCACUUUGUUUCAUGGCAGAUGCUAGACAUGUGCUUUGAGGGUCAAUCUCACUUUGGUUUUGCCUUUCUAGUUGGUUGAUACACCAUUAUUUCUCCUGAAUUACAGUUAAACUCCUUCCUGGGAGACUUGAUCAUGACUAUCAGUCUACAAGGUACUGUGAACACCAGCCUACUUCAAAUCCUCAGCCACUCCGUCUCUCCCCAUAUUCCUAAAAAGGACCCAGACUAAACAUGCGUUGCUCCAGAAGCUUCAUUGGGCAUGCUCUUCUUGUUAAAGGGCUUAGGAGUGUUCUCAAGGGCUAUUAUCACUUUAGGAACCCCACCUGUUGUCUUGGUGCUGGAUAUUUCUCAUGACUGAUCCUCAGUAACACAAUUCACUGAAGGCCAAGCUAGGCUGGAUCUGAUUUUUCUUUUCUUCCUGCUUAAUAGCCAUGAACUUGAUUGCUCAACUUAGGUGGCCCUGAAAGCAUCUUGCCCUACUCACCUUCUUACUGCCUGCUCAGUCUUAUAUCACAGCCCCAUGUCCUUUGUGGAAAUAUCUUGAGAGUCAGUGCCUGCCUCUCCCCAACCCUUAUUUUCAGAUGAAGCAAUAUCUUUUAGUAUUUCAGUCACAAAUAUCCACACACCCAGAUUUCUGAUUCUUUGAGUUCCCGGUUUUCCUUAGAUACCAAACUAGAAAGGUUAGUAGGAAUUUUUCAAAGCAGAAAUAUAUUCAAAAUAUGUGUUAAGCAGUGAAUGGUUAAGAGACAAUAGCUCCCCCCCGACCACCACCACCAAACUAUAUCAAAAAGGGAAAAACACCAUCUCAGAAUCUGUGAGCCCAUUUGUCAUAAAUCAGAGAGGAAAGGCUGUGUAAUUGCAUCUUUGUAGGAAGAAGAGCUAGACCCAUUUCAGAAAUAUCUUAGUUCCUCUUUCCUAGGUUAACUUGGAAAUGGAAAAAUGAAGGAAAAAGAAGAGUCUUCCUUUUUGUAAAUGAAAAAUCCCUAACCCAGGGAAUUCACCUGGUCAUUGCAAAUAUAUUUGAAUAGUCCUUAUAUUCAUUAGUCCCACUGUCAUGCAUCUACAUUUCAGCACCUACUCUGUGUCAGGCACCAAUCUAGACCCUUGGUGUGCCCCAUGGUGUUAGGUAUGGAAAAUAUUACCCAAGCCUUUGAUAAUUUCUAAAACUCUACUGUGGCAGAUAACUCAUGUUUAGUUCCCCACCACCACCACUUGAGUUUCUAGUAGGGCUCAGUAGAUUAGCACUUUAAGCAACUCUGAGCUGUAGAUCAGAUUCAGCCACUGCGAUAGGCCAGCUAAGCCUCAACAUCGGUAACACUCUUGUUUUUUCCCUGAGUCACCAUUUGGCAAGAGCUGCAUCUGCUGGGCAGUGUGUGUGACGGGGAAGGAGGUCUGUGACAUGCCCUCAAACACAAUGAGCAAAUACAGUCUUGCAACAGAUGGGGCUCUUUACCAUGCUGUUACCUUCAUAUUGCUUUUUCUUGAUUUUCCUCAGCCAAUCUUUUUCUGAACUCUGUAGAAAUGUUCCUGACCACCCCAAGCUCUCAACAACCUAAUGCCAGUAUGUAGUGUUUUUCAGUAAAUUCCCUGUUAUGUCAAUAAAGUCUCUCUAAACACUGCUUGUUGUUUGCUCUCCUA